GUACUCACUAGAAUCUCCCCUAUCAAAGCCAAUUGAAUCAAUAAAGGGGCCACCAAACAGCAUGUACAUUUCCUUUCUCUCUCUCCUCAACAAAUGUUUCUGUCUUCAUACUCCAAAUGAGCAUCUCAUCACCACCACUACCUCCUACUCUUGACCCUCUCUCCUAUUCUCAUUUAUGUCAUCUUCUUUUUCAUUCCAACAACCUUUUUCCUUCACUCUCCACCUUUUAAAUCUUUUUCUCUCAUCCAUUAUUAUUGAAUGAAUGGUUUCUCCAACUCCAAUUUAGCCUCCUUAUUCUAAAAAAAAUAGUUUUACAUUAAUCAUAAUAACAAUAUGAACAAGCUGGUAGUGGAAGUUCUUGAUGCUAGUGACCUCAACCCAAAAGAUGGAAAAGGUUCAGCCAACCCUUUUGUUCAAAUAGACUUUGAUGAGCAACAAGUGAAGACACAAACAAAACACAAAGACCUCAAUCCUUAUUGGAAUGAAAAGUUUGUGUUCAACAUAAACAACAACUCAACAGAUCUUGCUCACAAAACAAUUGAAGUUGUUAUUUACAAUCAUAAUGAGAAAAAGGCAAGUAGUAGUAAGAAGAAUUUCCUUGGAAGGGUGAGAAUUUCAGGUGUUUCUGUCCCUUUAUCUGAAUCUGAAUCUACUGUCAAACGUUAUCCUCUUGAAAAUUCAAAAGGUGAUAUUGCUCUUAGAAUAUUUGCUUUUCAUGACCCUUCUUCUUUUGCUUAUACACCCCCUUCACCUCAUAUUCACCCCCCAACAACUUCUUCUGUUGAAGAAACACAUGAGCCUGAUCCUGAUGAGGAUGUUCCUUUGCGAGAAAUAAACACCAACAUAAACAUAGAAGAUGAGGAAAGCAUGGUUAGUGAUAGUGAGAAAAAGAAGAAGAAAAAUAAGAAGAAAGAAAAAGAAGUGAGAACUUUUCAUUCCAUUGGAACUGAGAAAUCUUCUCAUCAUGCUCAUUCUUCUGCUCCUGCUCCUUCUGCUUUUUCUCAUGUUCAACAUGCAUCAAAUUCAAAGCCUUCUCCUUUUGUAGCACCAACAAUGGAAACAAGGGUUGAUUAUGCAAAAUCAGGACCACCAAAUGUGAUGUUAAUGCAGAUCCCAAAGCAGAACCCUGAAUAUGGAUUGGUGGAGACAAGUCCACCACUUGCAGCAAGGUUAAGGUAUAGAGGAGGAAAUAAGGUAUCAACAACAUAUGAUUUAGUAGAACAAAUGCAUUUCUUGUAUGUGAAUGUUGUUAAGGCAAAAGAUCUACCUGUGAUGGAUAUCUCAGGAAGCCUUGACCCUUAUGUUGAAGUGAAGCUUGGUAACUACAAAGGGGUCACAAAGCAAUUGGAGAAGAAUCAGCAUCCUGUUUGGAACCAAAUCUUUGCCUUUUCAAAGGAAAGGUUACAAUCAAAUUUACUUGAAGUUACUGUGAAGGAUAAAGAUAUUGGUAAAGAUGAUAUUGUUGGUAAAGUUAUGUUUGAUCUAACUGAGGUGCCUUUAAGGGUUCCACCAGAUAGUCCUUUGGCUCCUCAGUGGUAUAGAUUGGAGGAUAAAAAAGGGAUAAAGACAAAUAAUGGAGAAAUCAUGCUUGGUGUUUGGAUGGGAACACAAGCUGAUGAGUCUUUUCCUGAGGCAUGGCAUUCUGAUGCACAUAAUGUUAGUCACUCAAACCUUUCUAAUACAAGAUCAAAGGUAUAUUUCACACCUAAGCUUUAUUAUCUUAGAGUUGAAGUGAUUGAAGCUCAAGAUCUUGCUCCUUCUGAUAAAGGAAGGGUUCCACAAGCUUCUGUUAGGGUGCAGCUAGGGAAUCAGAUGAGGUUUACUAGGCCUUCUCAAAUGAGAGCUAUUAAUCCAAUUUGGAAUGAGGAGGUUAUGUUUGUUGCUGCUGAUCCUUUUGAGGAUUUUAUAAUUGUGACAGUUGAGGACAAAUUUGGUCCUAACAAUGUUGAAAUCUUGGGAAGAGAGGUCAUGUCGGUGAGAAAUGUUCCGCAAAGACAAGAGACGGGUAAGCUCCCGGAUGCACGUUGGUUCAAUCUUCAUAGGCCUAGUGAGGUCGGUGAAGAGGAGACGGAGAGAAAGAAGGAGAAAUUCUCGAGCAAGAUUCACCUCCGGAUUUGUCUGGAAGCAGGGUAUCAUGUUCUUGAUGAAUCGACACAUUUCAGCAGCGAUCUUCAACCGUCGUCCAAACACUUAAGGAGGAAAAACAUUGGAAUUCUCGAACUCGGGAUACUUAGUGCCCGGAAUUUGCUACCUAUGAAAGGCAAAGAUGGUAGGACUACUGAUGCAUACUGUGUGGCCAAGUACGGUAACAAAUGGGUUAGGACAAGAACUCUGCUUGAUACACUGUCGCCUAGGUGGAAUGAACAGUAUACAUGGGAGGUUCAUGAUCCAUGCACUGUGAUCACGGUUAGUGUUUUCGACAAUCACCACCUCAAUGGGAGCAGUGACAACAAAGAUCAGAGAAUUGGAAAGGUGAGAAUAAGGUUAUCAACACUCGAAACUGAUAGAGUAUAUACUCAUUAUUAUCCUCUAUUGGUUCUCCAAACCAAUGGCCUAAAGAAGAAUGGAGAGCUUCACUUGGCUGUGAGGUUCACUUGCACAGCUUGGGUUAAUAUGGUAGCUCAAUAUGGAAGACCUUUGCUUCCCAAAAUGCAUUAUGUUCAACCAAUACCUGUUCGCCACAUUGAUUGGCUCCGUUAUCAGGCCAUGCAGAUCGUGGCAGCAAGGCUAGCAAGAGCUGAGCCGCCGCUUCGACGCGAAUCAGUUGAAUACAUGCUUGAUGUAGAUUACCAUAUGUGGAGUCUAAGGAGAAGCAAAGCCAAUUUUCACCGCAUAAUGUCGCUACUCUCGGGUUUUUCAGCUGUGUGUAAAUGGCUUGAUGAUAUUUGCACUUGGAGAAACCCAAUCACAACUUGCCUUGUUCAUGUCUUGUUCUUGAUACUUAUUUUCUACCCUGAAUUGAUAUUGCCAACCAGUUUUCUUUAUUUGUUUGUAAUCGGGAUUUGGAAUUACCGGUUCCGGCCAAGGAAUCCACCACACAUGGAUGCUAGACUUUCGCAAGCAGAAGCUGUGCAUCCAGAUGAAUUGGAUGAGGAAUUUGACACUUUUCCAACUUCAAGACCUUCGGAUAUUGUGAGAAUGAGGUAUGACAGAUUGAGAAGUGUUGCAGGUAGAGUACAGACUGUGGUUGGAGAUUUAGCUACUCAAGGAGAAAGAGCUCAAGCUAUACUAAGUUGUGAACCUUUUGAGGAUUUUAUAAUUGUGACAGUUGAGGACAAAUUUGGUCCUAACAAUGUUGAAAUCUUGGGAAGAGAGGUCAUGUCGGUGAGAAAUGUUCCGCAAAGACAAGAGACGGGUAAGCUCCCGGAUGCACGUUGGUUCAAUCUUCAUAGGCCUAGUGAGGUCGGUGAAGAGGAGACGGAGAGAAAGAAGGAGAAAUUCUCGAGCAAGAUUCACCUCCGGAUUUGUCUGGAAGCAGGGUAUCAUGUUCUUGAUGAAUCGACACAUUUCAGCAGCGAUCUUCAACCGUCGUCCAAACACUUAAGGAGGAAAAACAUUGGAAUUCUCGAACUCGGGAUACUUAGUGCCCGGAAUUUGCUACCUAUGAAAGGCAAAGAUGGUAGGACUACUGAUGCAUACUGUGUGGCCAAGUACGGUAACAAAUGGGUUAGGACAAGAACUCUGCUUGAUACACUGUCGCCUAGGUGGAAUGAACAGUAUACAUGGGAGGUUCAUGAUCCAUGCACUGUGAUCACGGUUAGUGUUUUCGACAAUCACCACCUCAAUGGGAGCAGUGACAACAAAGAUCAGAGAAUUGGAAAGGUGAGAAUAAGGUUAUCAACACUCGAAACUGAUAGAGUAUAUACUCAUUAUUAUCCUCUAUUGGUUCUCCAAACCAAUGGCCUAAAGAAGAAUGGAGAGCUUCACUUGGCUGUGAGGUUCACUUGCACAGCUUGGGUUAAUAUGGUAGCUCAAUAUGGAAGACCUUUGCUUCCCAAAAUGCAUUAUGUUCAACCAAUACCUGUUCGCCACAUUGAUUGGCUCCGUUAUCAGGCCAUGCAGAUCGUGGCAGCAAGGCUAGCAAGAGCUGAGCCGCCGCUUCGACGCGAAUCAGUUGAAUACAUGCUUGAUGUAGAUUACCAUAUGUGGAGUCUAAGGAGAAGCAAAGCCAAUUUUCACCGCAUAAUGUCGCUACUCUCGGGUUUUUCAGCUGUGUGUAAAUGGCUUGAUGAUAUUUGCACUUGGAGAAACCCAAUCACAACUUGCCUUGUUCAUGUCUUGUUCUUGAUACUUAUUUUCUACCCUGAAUUGAUAUUGCCAACCAGUUUUCUUUAUUUGUUUGUAAUCGGGAUUUGGAAUUACCGGUUCCGGCCAAGGAAUCCACCACACAUGGAUGCUAGACUUUCGCAAGCAGAAGCUGUGCAUCCAGAUGAAUUGGAUGAGGAAUUUGACACUUUUCCAACUUCAAGACCUUCGGAUAUUGUGAGAAUGAGGUAUGACAGAUUGAGAAGUGUUGCAGGUAGAGUACAGACUGUGGUUGGAGAUUUAGCUACUCAAGGAGAAAGAGCUCAAGCUAUACUAAGUUGGAGAGACUCAAGGGCUACAGCUAUCUUCAUCAUCUUCUCACUGAUCUGGGCUGUGUUCAUUUACAUUACUCCAUUCCAAGUAGUAGCAAUUAUAGUUGGCAUCUACAUGCUUCGUCAUCCUCGGUUUCGGAGCAAGUUUCCGUCAGUACCAGUCAAUUUCUUCAAGAGAUUGCCUUCCAAAUCAGAUACCCUGCUUUGAUGUUCAGCUUGUAUUCACUGUCUUUACCUAUUGUCGAAUUAUUAUUGUUCACAAAUAAAUACAUAUGAAUAAACAGACAUGCACCAUUGCACCCAAAUGAAAGAGGGUAUAGGAAAAAUGUGCAUAGUUCACUUCUACUUUCACUAGCUAAAGCACAGUUUCACUAUAUGUAUAUCCCAAGUUCUCAGCUGUCAAAAUAAACAUUCCUUCAUGCUCAUAAUAGCUUUUAUUAAAUUAUGAAAUAAUGUACUUCAUAUUAUUGUUAA